CCCGCCCGCCCUCGUCCUCCCUCCUUUGUUGUGCGAUGAGGGUCGGGUUUCCCGUCUGACCGCCGCCGCCGCCGCCGCCGCGGGCAUGGAGCCGCUCAGCCACCGGGGCCUGCCGCGCCUCUCGUGGAUCGACACCCUCUACAGCAACUUCAGCUACGGUGCUGACGACUACGACGCAGAGGGGCAUGAGGAGCAGAAAGGGCCCCCGGAGGGCUCGGAGACCAUGCCGUACAUCGAUGAGUCCCCCACUAUGUCGCCACAGCUCAGCGCCCGCAGCCAGGGUGGCGGGGACAGCAUCUCGCCCACCCCACCCGAGGGGCUGGCGCCUGGGGUGGAGGCAGGGAAGGGCCUGGAGAUGAGGAAGCUGGUUCUGUCAGGCUUCUUGGCCAGUGAAGAGAUCUACAUUAACCAGCUAGAAGCCUUGUUGUUGCCCAUGAAACCCCUGAAGGCCACGGCCACCACCUCGCAGCCUGUGCUCACCAUCCAGCAGAUUGAGACCAUCUUCUACAAGAUCCAGGACAUCUAUGAGAUCCACAAGGAGUUCUAUGACAACCUCUGCCCCAAGGUGCAGCAGUGGGACAGCCAGGUCACCAUGGGCCAUCUCUUCCAGAAGCUGGCCAGCCAGCUCGGCGUGUACAAAGCAUUUGUGGAUAACUAUAAAGUCGCUCUGGAGACAGCGGAGAAGUGCAGCCAGUCCAACAACCAGUUCCAGAAGAUCUCAGAGGAACUCAAAGUGAAAGGGCCCAAGGACUCCAAGGACAGCCACACAUCAGUCACCAUGGAAGCUCUGCUCUACAAGCCCAUUGACAGAGUCACUCGGAGCACCUUGGUCCUGCAUGACCUGCUGAAGCACACACCUGUGGACCAUCCAGACUACCCACUGCUGCAGGACGCCCUCCGCAUCUCCCAGAACUUCCUGUCCAGCAUCAAUGAGGACAUCGACCCCCGCCGCACUGCAGUCACUACUCCCAAGGGAGAGACGCGGCAGCUGGUGAAGGACGGCUUCUUGGUGGAAAUGUCAGAGAGCUCCCGGAAGCUGCGGCAUGUCUUCCUCUUCACAGAUGUCCUACUGUGUGCCAAGCUGAAGAAGACCUCUGCAGGAAAGCACCAGCAAUAUGACUGUAAGUGGUACAUCCCCCUGGCCGACUUAGUGUUUCCAUCCCCUGAGGAAUCAGAGGCCAGCCCCCAUGUGCAUCCCUUCCCGGACCAUGAGCUGGAGGACAUGAAAAUGAAGAUCUCUGCCCUCAAGAGUGAGAUCCAGAAGGAGAAAGCCAACAAAGGACAGAGCCGAGCCAUUGAGCGCCUCAAAAAGAAGAUGUUUGAAAAUGAGUUCUUGCUGCUGCUCAAUUCCCCCACAAUCCCAUUUCGGAUCCACAAUCGGAAUGGAAAGAGCUACCUGUUCCUACUGUCCUCUGACUACGAGAGGUCGGAGUGGAGAGAAGCAAUUCAGAAGCUACAGAAGAAGGAUCUCCAGGCCUUUGUCCUGAGCUCAGUGGAGCUCCAGGUGCUCACGGGAUCCUGUUUCAAGCUUAGGACUGUACAUAACAUUCCUGUCACCAGCAAUAAAGAUGAUGAUGAGUCUCCAGGACUCUACGGUUUCCUACAUGUCAUUGUCCACUCUGCCAAGGGAUUUAAACAAUCUGCCAACCUGUACUGUACCCUGGAGGUAGAUUCCUUUGGCUACUUUGUCAGCAAAGCCAAAACCAGGGUGUUUCGGGACACAACAGAGCCCAAGUGGGAUGAGGAAUUUGAGAUUGAGCUAGAAGGCUCCCAGUCUCUGAGGAUCCUGUGCUAUGAGAAGUGCUAUGACAAGACCAAGGUCAACAAGGACAACAACGAGAUCGUGGACAAGAUCAUGGGCAAAGGGCAGAUUCAGUUGGAUCCACAGACUGUAGAAACCAAGAACUGGCACACGGAUGUGAUCGAGAUGAAUGGGAUCAAAGUGGAAUUCUCCAUGAAAUUCACAAGCCGGGACAUGAGUCUGAAGAGGACCCCGUCCAAAAAACAGACUGGUGUCUUUGGGGUGAAGAUCAGCGUGGUGACCAAGCGGGAGCGCUCCAAAGUGCCCUACAUUGUGCGGCAGUGCGUGGAAGAAGUAGAAAAGAGGGGCAUCGAGGAAGUGGGCAUCUACCGGAUAUCGGGAGUGGCCACGGACAUCCAGGCACUGAAAGCUGUCUUUGAUGCGAAUAACAAGGACAUUCUACUGAUGCUGAGCGACAUGGACAUCAACGCCAUUGCUGGCACCCUCAAGCUCUACUUCCGGGAGCUUCCCGAACCUCUCCUCACAGACAGACUUUACCCAGCCUUCAUGGAAGGCAUCGCCCUGUCAGACCCUGCUGCCAAGGAGAACUGCAUGAUGCACCUGCUCCGCUCCCUGCCUGAUCCCAACCUCAUCACCUUCCUUUUCCUGCUGGAACACUUGAAAAGGGUUGCUGAGAAGGAGCCCAUCAACAAGAUGUCACUUCACAACCUGGCAACCGUGUUUGGCCCCACGUUACUGAGACCCUCAGAAGUGGAAAGCAAAGCACAUCUCACAUCGGCUGCAGACAUCUGGUCCCAUGAUGUCAUGGCACAGGUCCAGGUCCUCCUCUACUACCUGCAGCAUCCCCCCAUCUCCUUCGCAGAACUGAAGCGGAACACACUGUAUUUCUCCACCGAUGUGUAGCCCAAGGUGGGCAGCUGCUGGGGUGGCCAGAGCCAGCCCUCCAGCCGGGGCCCAACAUAGACUUGAAAGACUGCAACAGAAACUCCCCAGCCCAACACUCUAGACUCCAAGGGAAGCUGACUUCCACGAACUGGAACGUGUGCAUCUUUUGUGCCACCUUGUACAAAGCCAGCUGAGCAGCCCCCAGCCUCACCGCAUACCCUGGCUCCUACCCUCGUACCUCUAUCGUGUCUAACGCUCCGUGCCGUUCGGGAAUUGUUUUAUGUAUAUUUGUCAUGCAGAAGAGGUAGUGACCGACCUGGUGUGGGCACAGCCAGCCUGCUUUGUUCUUAUUUCCCCGGACACUUUCUUUCCGCCCAAGGGCUUUUACACUGUGUAGCUGCUGCCAGCUUCUCUCUUGGCCCUGCUCCCAGCUUGCAGCCUCCUGGCAGCCUCCCUCAAUGUCCUCUGCCCUCUGCCUUCCCAGCCUGCUGCAUGCAUGUGCAGCCUUGGGUUUUGCUCCAUCACUGGAAAGUUCUGCAGAGGGCCUGGGCAGUGAUGACCUACUCAAUGCUGCCACAUGCUGCCCUGGGCCUCUCUCUGCCCUCCACCUGUGGAAGCACACCUGCUUUUCCUUGCUGCCUGUGCAAAUUGUUGGACAAGGAGAGACACACACACUAAUCUUCAGCUUGGCACAGAGCAGGAGAGCUAAUUUCUGGAAUUUUCCAAUUUGAGAAUUGCCAUUUCUGGGGUUUGUCUGUUCUGUCUACUGCCUACCAGUGAGGCAUCUGACUGUUUCUUCUACUGCUGGAUUUUCAGUUCCUUUUCCCUGCUGUUCCAUUUCCUUUGAGUGUAAAGACCCCAAAGUGACCUGUUAGCAAGAGAGCCAAAGGGUCAGGAACACAUUUGGAGCGGUGGGGCAUCCCUGGCUGCAGAGGAACAAGGCAGCGGGGUGGGCAGCAGUGGCAGGCAGCAUUGGAGUGAGUCGUGGGAGUGGGGGGAGGUCACUAGUGGCAGUGAGGGCAUGCAGAGGCUUUUGAGUGGGCAACUUCUUCCUUCCUGGGGGGCAACUUAACGUGGCUGAAUCAGGUGCCCAGACACAAGCAGGCCUCGUCCUGGAGGCUGCCUGGCACCUCACAUACCUCGUGGUACUUUUGCCUUAGAUUUUACAUUCUCCACAGCCAAGCACUGCCACGGGGCAGCCCCACUGUCGCGUGUGCUCCACAGCCUGGGAAUAGCAGGCUCCAUUCACCAGUUUCCAGCCAGACCGGUGCUGCCCUAAUACCACCCCAUCUUCUAGAUUCAUCCUAUGAGUAAACUCUGGAGAACUCCAGAAGUUGGGAGAGAAUGAGGAAUCAUAAGCAACUGCCUCUCUUGGGGUGGGGUUCUGCUGGGGCUCUAGUUUAGGGGAUCAACAGGAAUCAUAUUGGUCAAUACUGGAAGAAUGAUGUGUUCCCAAAGCACCAUUACCAGUUUGAGGGGCAGCUGUCUGCCUUUGGCAAUUCGUGUGGAGGACAGAUGCUUCUGGCUAUAGGGGCUUGAGCUGUAGCUCCCUGGCUCUUCAAAUGUGACAGGGUUGAUUCUAAGCCCUUGGGAAUAGGGAGACCAGCUCUCAUUGUGUGCUCAGGGCUAAGUCUAAAGAAGGGUUUGCUGGUCCCCAAGCUGUUACAUUUGCUCAGUGAGAGGCAGGACCCUUUCUGGUCCUGUUUCUACCUGUUGCCUUUGACAGAAUGGUCCAAUCUAUGCAUGCAGGAGGAAGGAAACGCCGCCUACCCAGCUGCCUGCUAGCAGCUUAGCAAGGAGCUCUGCUCCCUGAAACGUGAGGUGGAGAGUGCCUCGUGAGUAUAGACAUCCCAGCAUCUGACCACGACUGAAGCCCCUGCUUGGCACACAGAUGCUGGUAUGUGGUACGGAAGGUUCUUCCGAAGGAUUGACUAAUGUUAUCAAAGCCCAACUUAGAGCUACUUGCAGCCCAAAACAGUGCCUCCUGUCCGAGGACAAGGAAUGUUGGCUCCUCAGCAUUAAGUAGCUACUGCAGCCCCAGCUUGCUUAGGCAACAUAGCAGGAACAGGAGGAAAGCUGAAGGGGCUGAAAAAUGCAAAUGGCUAAUAUUUAUAAAGCCCACCACCAAAUGGGGAGGGUCAGGUGUCAGACCUGGAACUGAGCUGCACCAAGGAAAUACCGGUGCAUUCUGCUGAUAGACAGGGACUGUGCAGCCCGAGAUCCCCAUCACCGUGCCCAGCAGGGUGGCCUGGACCAAAAGGUUACCAGGAGAUAGGCUCCAGGAAUCCCCAGCAUGCCUGUCCUCACUGGGUAGUAGUUGAGGGCUGCCAAUUUUUGCUGGUAAGUAAGGAUGGGACCCUUCAUUAAUAUUUGACUUUAAUAAGUUGGCAAGGAUAUAUUUUUCUGUCUGUUCUGUUUAAACUUAUGUAGAUUAUUAUAAAUUGAUGUAAACCACGUGAGAGGAACAUGUUAAUAAAAAAUGCAAAGCCCCAACAUUUGCACAAAACUCA